AUGACAGACCAAUCUAGCUCAGAAAAGACCAACAGACAAGAGUUUGUAGAAAACCGUCAUAGAAGAUUUGAUUCGCAAGACCCGGCUCUUUACCACGAUGAUAUUGAGCUUCAAAGGGUAGAAACUGGUGGAGAAAACCAUGAGUUUAUUUUCAUUGGGCGCCAGAAAUUUUUGAAAGAUGAGUUGUAUUCGGCUUUCGGUGGUACUUUGAAUCCAGGUUUAGCACCACCUUCUACACACAAAUUCGCCAACCCAGCUCCACUAGGAUUGUCUGCGUUUGCUUUGACGACGUUUGUGUUGUCCAUGUUCAAUGCCCAGGCGAUGGGAAUUAAGAUUCCCAAUGUUGUUGUCGGAUUGGCGGCAUUCUAUGGAGGUUUAGUGCAGAUUAUUGCUGGAAUUUGGGAAAUCGCAUUGGAGAACACAUUUGGUGGUACUGCAUUGUCGUCUUUUGGCGGUUUCUGGUUGUCAUUUUCGACUCUCUACAUUCCUUGGUUUGGUAUUUCCAAGGCGUAUGAGGAGUUUCCAGAUCAAUUCCACUCUGCAGUUGGGUUCUUUUUGCUUGGAUGGACAAUUUUCACGGCUGGGUUGACGCUCUGUACCAUGAAGUCCACCGUGGCCUUUUUCUCGCUAUUUUUCUUAUUGACGAUUACGUUCUUGCUAUUGUCGAUUGGAAGCUUUACGCAAAAGACUGGCGUCACUAGGGCUGGAGGUGUUCUUGGAGUUGUCGUAGCGUUCAUCGCAUGGUACGAUGCAUUCGCAGGUGUGGCCACCAGGGAGAACUCGUACAUCACCGUGCGUCCAUUCGCAUUGCCAAGAUUGAAGGGUCACUAA